UGGCGCUUCCAGUGCGAAGACCAAUCUACUUAAAUAUAUUCUAUAUAAAAUAUUAUUUUUCUGUGAAAAAAAUCUAAAAUCUAAAUCUAUAUCGAAAAAAAAAGUCGUUAAGUGUAUCUAGCGCAAAUACUUUUCAUCUCUAAAAGAUAUUAACCAAACAAAAUGAGUCCACCAGCAUUAUUGAGCAAAGAAGUUCCCGACAUCGAGAACUUAUUAAGCCUUAAUCCACGAGUAAAAAGCAAAUGCUCACUUGUUCCAACUUCAAAUACCAAAGUUAUCAAAAAACAAUGGAAGAGAAAUUCCGAUCACUCUUGUUCGGCUCCAAUAAAACUGAAGAACAACUUUGAAGAUGUCAAACAUACAACUUUAUCGGAACGUGGUGCCCUCAAAGAAGCUGCUAGAUGCUUGAAAUGUGCUGAUGCUCCUUGUCAGAAAUCUUGUCCCACUCAAUUGGAUAUAAAAAGCUUUAUCACCAGCAUUGCCAAUAAGAAUUACUAUGGAGCUGCAAAGGCUAUUUUCUCUGACAAUCCCCUUGGACUGACAUGUGGAAUGGUCUGUCCAACUAGCGACCUCUGUGUUGGUGGCUGCAACUUGCAGGCCUCUGAAGAAGGACCAAUCAACAUUGGUGGCCUUCAGCAUUAUGCCACAGAUGUUUUCAAGCAAAUGGGUGUCAAACAGAUCGUUCCACCUGGCCAGAAGCCAUUGGCACAGCCAAACAAGAAAAUUGCCCUCCUUGGUGGAGGACCGGCUUCAUUGUCUUGUGCGACUUUCCUAGGACGCUUAGGUUACAAAGAUAUAACCAUCUAUGAAAAGCGUUCUUACUUAGGAGGUCUGAGCUCAGCUGAAAUCCCACAAUAUCGUCUGCCAGUCGAAGUGGUUGAUUUUGAAAUUCAAUUAGUCAAGGAUCUUGGGGUGAAAUUCGAGACUGGGCGAUCUUUAUCUACCAAAGACUUGACCGUUUCGGGUCUAAUUUCAUCGGGUGUUGAUGCAGUCUUCCUUGGAAUUGGAUUACCUGAACCCAAACUUGAUCCCAUUUUUAAAGGUCUUGAUGAAUCUGUUGGAUUUUAUACUUCAAAGAGUUUCCUUCCACUCGUGGCUAAUGGAAGUAAACCGGGACUAUGCGCAUGUAAAGCAAGUCAAGCUUUGCCCGAAUUAUAUGGCAAUGUUAUAGUCUUGGGAGCUGGUGACACAGCUUUUGAUUGUGCAACAUCGGCCUUGAGAUGUGGAGCUAAAAGGGUAUUCGUAGUUUUCCGAAAGGGAUCAUCAGGCAUUCGAGCUGUGCCAGAAGAGGCUGAAUUGGCUAGGGAAGAGAAAUGCGAAUUCAUGCCGUACUUGUCGCCAAUGAAGGUCAUUGUAAAGGAUAACAAGAUUACAGCAAUGGAAUUCUGUCGCACUGAACAAGACGAAAAUGAUAAAUGGGUUGAAGACAAGGAACAAAUCACCAGAUUGAAGGCUAACUUUGUUAUAUCGGCUUUUGGAUCGGGACUUUAUAACCCUGAGACUACUAACGCUUUAAGUCCGAUUGAGUUGGACAGAUGGGGCUUGCCUAAAAUAGACUACACAACCAUGCAGAGUUCACUGAAGAACGUUUUUUGUGGCGGAGAUCUAGCUGGUGUGGCCAACACGACCGUUGAGUCUGUGAACGAUGGAAAGACUGCCGCCUGGCACAUGCAUUGCUACUUACAGGGACUUCCAUUGACAACACCUCCAAAGUUGCCACUCUUCUACACAGACAUUGACAAUGUUGACAUUUCUGUAGAAAUGUGCGGACUUAAAUUCGAGAAUCCAUUUGGUUUAGCUUCAGCUCCACCAACUACAAGCGCUGCCAUGAUUCGUCGUGCAUUUGAACAGGGCUGGGGAUUUGUUGUUACCAAAACAUUUGGUCUCGAUAAGGACUUGGUGACUAAUGUUUCUCCAAGAAUCGUUCGAGGAACAACCUCUGGCUAUAAUUAUGGCCCACAACAAGGUUGCUUCUUAAAUAUUGAGUUAAUUUCGGAAAAACGUUCCGAAUACUGGUUCAGAUCAAUUGCUGAACUUAAGAAAGACUUCCCAGAAAAGAUUAUCAUUGCCAGCAUAAUGUGUUCGUAUAAUGAGGCUGAUUGGGUUGAAUUGGCAACUAAGGCCGAAGCUUGUGGUUCGGAUGCUCUCGAAUUGAAUCUCUCAUGUCCACAUGGAAUGGGUGAAUCGGGAAUGGGUUUAGCUUGCGGUCAAGAUCCAAUUUUGGUUGAGAAUAUCUCGAAAUGGGUGAGGAAAGCUGUCAAGAUUCCUUUCUUCGUGAAGCUGACUCCAAACAUAACGGAUAUCGUAUCAAUUGCAUUGGCAGCUAAGCGUGGAAAUGCUGAUGGAGUUUCAGCUAUUAAUACCGUUCAAGGUCUUAUGAGUCUCAAAGCUGAUGCUACACCUUGGCCUGCUGUGGGCGCUGAUAAAAAGACAACCUACGGUGGAGUGUCUGGCAAUGCAACACGCCCAAUGGCACUGAGAGCUAUUUCUUCGAUAGCCAAUAAAAUUCCUGGCUUUGCUAUUCUAGGUAUUGGAGGCAUUGAUUCAGCGGAAGUGGCAUUGCAAUUUCUUCAUUGUGGUGCAAGUGUGUUACAAAUCUGCUCGUCUGUUCAAAAUCAAGAUUUCACCUUGAUCGAAGACUAUUGUGUCGGACUAAAGGCUUUGCUCUACUUGAAGGCUAAUCCACCUCCAAAGAAUUCACAAUUCUGGGAUGGACAGUCGCCGCCAAUUUCGAAGCAUCAAAAGGGAAAGCCAGUGCUUCAUUUGACCGGUGAAGGCAAUAAAACCCUGGGAUUCUUGGGACCUGCAAAGGAACAACGUGAAGAAAUUAUGCACAAUAUGCGCCAAGAAAAGGGUGCAAUGUGGAAGCUAGAUGAUAAUAAUGUAGUUACUCUGAAUGGAGAUAAGGAAAUUAAGCCUGCUCCAACAGUUAAAGAUAUUAUAGGACGUUCGUUGCCUCAUAUUGGAACAUAUAAGAGCUUAGAUAACAAGAAGCAAGCUGUUGCCUUAAUUGAUGAUGAUUUAUGCAUAAACUGUGGCAAAUGUUAUAUGACCUGCGCUGAUUCCGGCUAUCAAGCUAUUAAAUUUGAUCCAGAAACUCAUAUUCCUCUUGUGACGGAUGAUUGUACUGGUUGUACUUUAUGUGUAUCAGUUUGUCCCAUAAUUGAUUGUAUAAGCAUGGUCCCUAAAAAGAUUCCACAUGUUGUUAAGCGAGGUCUUGGAGAAGAGAAGACAUUCUACGCUCAUGCAUUGAGUCCUGUGCAAUAAAAAGAAACGGAUUACUUAUUUUAUCAAUAAAAUUUAUAAGUAAAGAAAAAUAAAAGCUUCAGACAUUAAAAAUUCUAA